CCCUCCCGCCCCAUCCCAACCCGAAUCGUGGAGGCUGCGGCCGCCAAAGUGCCGCCGCGGCUGGCGGCCCCUGACCACUAGCCGGGGACCAACAGCGCCACACGAGCGAGGAGGGGGAGAGGGAGUCUGUCUGCAAAGUGCUGCUCCCUGGUGCUCAGAGGCGGCUGCUCCAGCUCCAACUCUCAUUCAUUUCGCCGGUUAACAUGAGAGAUCAUGGCCGCCUUCGGGCUUCUCAGCUAUGAGCAGAGACCGCUGAAACGCCCCCGGCUCGGGCCGCCGGACGUCUACCCGCAGGACCCCAAGCAGAAGGAGGAUGAACUUACCGCUGUGAAUGUAAAGCAAGGCUUCAACAAUCAGCCCGCCUUUACUGGAGACGAGCAUGGCUCGGCUAGAAAUAUUGUAAUUAACCCGUCAAAGAUUGGAGCUUAUUUUAGCAGCAUAUUAGCUGAGAAACUAAAGCUUAACACUUUCCAGGACACCGGAAAGAAGAAACCACAAGUUAAUGCUAAAGAUAAUUAUUGGCUGGUUACUGCUCGAUCCCAGAGUGCGAUUCAUAGUUGGUUCUCUGACUUAGCAGGAAAUAAACCACUUGCUAUUUUGGCAAAAAAGGAGCUGCCUCUGGCCAAGUCAGGUGUCCCUCAGGUUCCCAUCCUUAGUAAAAAAGAAGAUGUUUUUGCAUAUCUAGCUAAGUAUUCCGUGCCAAUGGUUCGAGCAACGUGGCUGAUCAAGAUGACUUGUGCCUAUUAUUCUGCUAUUUCUGAAGCGAAAAUUAAGAAACGUCAGGCUACUGAUCCCAAUUUGGAGUGGACACAAAUAUCUACCAGGUAUCUUCGAGAGCAGUUGGCCAAGAUUUCCGACUUUUACCACCUAGCUUCCAGCGCAGGCGAUGGCCCUGUCCCUGUGCCACCCGACGUGGAACAAGCAAUGAGGCAGUGGGAGUACAACGAAAAGUUGGCAUUCCACAUGUUCCAGGAAGGAAUGCUAGAAAAACACGAAUAUUUGACAUGGAUCUUGGAUGUGUUAGAAAAGAUCAGACCAAUGGAUGACGAUCUUCUUAAACUCUUAUUACCACUAAUGCUGCAGUAUUCAGAUGAAUUUGUCCAGUCGGCCUACCUGUCCCGCCGCCUUGCCUACUUCUGUGCCCGGCGUCUUGCGUUGCUGCUUAGCGAUGGCCCCAACCUCCUUGCCGCCCACUCGCCCCACAUGAUGAUAGGACCAAACAGCUCGGGCAUCGGGGCCCCCAGUCCCGGCCCUCCCGGCCCCGGCAUGAGCCCCGUGCAGCUGGCCUUCUCCGACUUUCUCUCCUGUGCACAGCAUGGCCCCCUGGUUUAUGGACUUAGUUGUAUGUUGCAGACUGUUACUCUCUGUUGCCCAAGUGCCUUGGUGUGGAACUACUCCACAAAUGACAAUAAGAGCGCGAACCCGGGCUCGCCCCUGGAUCUGCUGCAGGUGGCCCCCUCCAGCCUCCCCAUGCCGGGCGGGAACACGGCCUUCAACCAGCAGGUUCGGGCCAGGAUUUAUGAGGUAGAACAGCAGAUCAAACAAAGAGGCCGUGCAGUGGAAGUUCGGUGGUCUUUUGACAAGUGCCAAGAGUCAACAGCAGGGGUGACCAUCAGUCGGGUUUUGCACACGUUGGAGGUGUUGGAUCGGCACUGCUUUGACCGAACGGAUUCCAGCAAUUCAAUGGAGACACUUUAUCAUAAGAUUUUCUGGGCGAACCAAAACAAAGAUAACCAAGAGGCUGCCCCCAGCGAUGAAGCUGUGGUGACGCUGCUGUGCGAAUGGGCCGUGAGCUGUAAGAGAUCAGGCAAGCACAGGGCCAUGGCUGUGGCAAAGCUCUUGGAGAAGAGGCAAGCGGAGAUCGAGGCAGAGAGAUGUGGUGAAUCAGAGGUCUUAGAUGAGAAGGAGUCCAUUUCUUCAGCCUCUCUUGCUGGAUCUAGUUUGCCUGUUUUCCAGAAUGUUCUGCUAAGGUUUUUAGAUACACAGGCCCCCUCGUUGUCGGAUCCAAACAGUGAAUGUGAGAAGGUGGAAUUUGUCAACCUGGUGCUGCUCUUCUGUGAGUUCAUCCGGCACGACAUCUUCUCCCAUGACGCCUACAUGUGCACCCUCAUCUCUCGAGGAGACCUGUCCAUCACCGCCUCCACUCGGCCCCGGUCGCCAGCAGGAGAGCAUGCAGAUGAGCACUAUGCAAAGGACCAUGACGUGAAGAUGGAGGAACAGACUAUUAUGGCGCAUAUGGGCAUUGACUCAGGAACUCCUAAUAUUUUUGAUGAAGUAGACAAGAGUGACUUUAAAACUGACUUUGGUUCGGAAUUUCCAAUUUUUUCUCCCGUGCCUGGAGAGUCCUGUGAGAAUGCUAACCCUUCCCUGGGCAGAAGAAUGUCAGUUAACGGUGAGAAGCUGUUGAAGAGAGAAAAACCAAGGGAGUUAAUUUUUCCAUCUAAUUAUGACCUCCUACGACAUCUGCAGUAUGCAACCCAUUUCCCCAUACCUCUGGAUGAAUCUUCAAGUCAUGAGUAUAACCAGCGCACAAUCCUUCUUUAUGGAGUGGGCAAAGAGCGUGAAGAAGCGAGGCAUCAGUUGAAGAAAAUUACCAAAGAUAUUUUGAAAAUCCUAAAUAAGAAGAGCACCACAGAGACCGGGGUUGGAGAUGAAGGACAGAAAGCCAGGAAGAGCAAACAGGAGGCAUUUCCAACACUGGAGACUGUGUUCACAAAACUUCAACUCCUUUCAUAUUUUGAUCAACAUCAAGUGACAUCUCAGAUCUCUAACAAUGUGCUGGAACAAAUCACAAGCUUUGCAUCAGGAACAUCGUACCAUCUCCCAUUGGCUCACCAUAUUCAGCUCAUCUUUGAUCUCAUGGAGCCAGCACUGAAUAUCAAUGGCCUCAUUGACUUUGCAAUACAGCUCCUGAAUGAACUGAGUGUUGUGGAAGCCGAACUGCUCCUGAAAUCCUCCAGCCUGGCAGGAAGUUACACAACGGGACUGUGUGUCUGCAUUGUGGCCGUUCUCAGGAGAUACCACAGUUGUCUGAUCCUGAAUCCCGAUCAGACGGCCCAGGUGUUUGAAGGAUUGUGUGGUGUGGUAAAGCAUGUGGUGAACCCCUCAGAAUGUUCUUCCCCAGAAAGAUGCAUCUUAGCCUACCUCUAUGAUCUCUAUGUGUCAUGUAGCCACCUCAGAAGUAAAUUCGGAGACCUCUUCAGUAGUGCCUGUUCAAAAGUAAAGCAAACCAUAUAUAAUAAUGUGAUUCCUGCAAAUUCUAACUUGCGAUGGGAUCCAGACUUCAUGAUGGAUUUUAUUGAGAAUCCCUCAGCCCGUAGCAUCAACUACUCAAUGCUGGGCAAGAUCCUUAGUGACAAUGCGGCCAAUCGCUACAGCUUCGUCUGCAACACACUCAUGAAUGUAUGUAUGGGCCAUCAGGAUGCUGGAAGGAUUAAUGACAUAGCCAAUUUCUCCUCUGAGCUGACGGCCUGCUGCACUGUUCUCAGUUCAGAAUGGCUGGGAGUCCUGAAGGCUCUUUGUUGUUCUUCAAACCACGUCUGGGGGUUUAAUGAUGUACUUUGCACUGUAGAUGUGAGUGACCUUUCAUUCCAUGAUUCAUUAGCUACUUUCAUUGCUAUUCUGAUAGCACGACAGUGUUUCUCCCUGGAGGACGUCGUGCAGCACGUCGCUCUUCCCUCUCUCCUAGCCGCAGCUUGUGGCGAUGCAGACGCAGAGCCUGGGGCGAGAAUGACAUGCCGACUCCUACUUCAUCUCUUCCGAGCUCCCCAGGCCUGCCUAUUACCUCAAGCAACCGGCAAACCUUUCCCCGGAAUAAGAUCGUCCUGUGAUAGACACCUCUUAGCCGCUGCUCACAACAGCAUUGAAGUGGGAGCGGUGUUUGCUGUCUUGAAAGCAAUUAUGAUGCUUGGAGAUGCCAAAAUUGGCAGUAACAAUGUCAGCUCUUUAAAGAAUGACGACUUCACCAUGAGGGGUUUACGACGUGAUGGAAAUGCUGAUGAUAUCUGGACUGCCUCACAAAAUUCAAAAUCCUGUGGGAAAAGCAUUUCCAUAGAAACUGCCAAUUUAAGAGAAUAUGCUAGAUAUGUACUGAGGACUAUCUGUCAACAGGAAUGGGUAGGAGAGCAUUGCUUAAAAGAACCUGAAAGAUUAUGCACAGACAAAGAACUUAUUUUGGACCCUGUGCUCUCAAAUAUGCAAGCACAGAAAUUAUUGCAGCUGAUCUGUUAUCCUCAUGGCAUUAAAGAAUGUACAGAGGGGGACAACCUACAAAGACAGCACAUUAAACGCAUUCUUCAGAAUCUUGAGCAGUGGACCCUGAGGCAGUCCUGGCUGGAACUUCAGUUAAUGAUCAAACAGUGCUUGAAGGACCCUGGCUCUGGUUCGGUGGCUGAAAUGAACAACCUACUGGACAAUAUUGCCAAGGCAACAAUAGAGGUAUUCCAGCAGUCGGCCGACCUGAACAAUAACUCUUCUAAUUCGGGUAUGGGCCUCUUCAACCCAAACGGGAUUGGAAGUACCGAUACGAGUAGCACAAGACAGAAUGGAAUAAAGACAUUUCUAAGUUCCUCUGAACGCAGGGGCGUGUGGCUGGUAGCCCCCCUAAUUGCUAGGCUGCCGACUUCUGUGCAGGGAAGAGUGUUGAAAGCUGCUGGGGAGGAGCUGGAGAAGGGACAGCACUUGGGUUCUUCUUCAAAAAAGGAAAGAGACAGACAAAAACAGAAAAGUAUGUCUCUUUUGAGUCAACAACCAUUCCUCUCCCUGGUCCUUACCUGCCUUAAGGGACAAGAUGAACAACGAGAAGGCCUCCUAACCUCUCUGCAGAAUCAAGUUAACCAGGGUCUCCAGGUCUCCACGAAGCAGAAGGUGUCCCCGUGGGAUUUGUUUGAGGGUCAGAAGAACCCAGCUCCUCUGUCCUGGGCCUGGUUUGGGACUGUCCGAGUAGACCGGAAGGUCAUCAAGUACGAGGAACAGCAUCACCUCCUCCUGUAUCACACACACCCCAUGCCCAAGCCCCGAAGUUACUACCUCGAGCCGCUGCCCCUGCCCCCUGAGGAGGAAGAGGAAGGGCCUACAUCUCCCAUUUCUCAGGAACCGGAGAGGAAAUCAGCUGAGCUGUCAGAUCAAGGAAAAACCACAACAGAUGAAGAGAAGAAGACAAAGGGAAGGAAGCGCAAGACGAAAUCCAGCUCGAGAGUUGAUGAGUAUCCACAGAGCAACAUGUACCGAGUGCCUCCCAACUACUCACCCGUCUCCUCCCAGAUGAUGCAUCACCCACAGUCCACCUUGUGGGGCUACAACCUCAUGGGUCAGCCCCAGCAGCCCGGCCUUUUCCUUCAGAGCCAAGCUCUCACUCCAGGUGGCUCCAGGUUGGACCCCGCGGGCUCCUUUGUCCCCACCAAUACCAAGCAAGCUCUGUCCAACAUGCUGCAGCGGCGCUCGGGGGCCGUGAUGCAGCCGCCCUCCCUUCACGCCAUCACGUCGCAGCAGCAGUUGAUACAGAUGAAGCUUCUGCAGCAGCAGCAGCAACAGCGGCUUCUCAGGCAAGCCCAGACGCGACCUUUCCAACAGGACUUCUGUAACUCUGCUGUCUCCCUUCUGGAAGACUUUGACAACAUAAUGGAAUUUAAUGAAUGUGGCCAGCCGGGGGACCAGGCUGCUCUCUUUGCUGCUCAAGCACGGCCCUCCCCUCAGCUCCCCCAGUAUCCAGGUCUGCAGCAAGCACAGACCAUGCCCCAGGGCUAUACGAUGUACGGAACGCAGAUGCCUUUGCAGCAGACCCCUCAGCAGCAGGCUGGCAGCGUGGUCCUGUCUCCUACCUAUAAUUCCAGAACCUAUCCGGCUGCGCAUUCCAACCCGGCGCUAAUGGAAAGACUCAGACAGAUGCAGCAGCAGCCGCCGAGUGGCUACGUUCAGCAGCAGGCGUCGCCGUACCUGCAGCCCCUGAGUGGCUCUCAGAGACUGAAUCAUCAGUCGCUUCAGCAGAGCCCUCUGGUGGGUGGAGGACUGGAUGCGGUGCUGACUUCCGUGCAUCCAAACCUUCCCUCGGUGUCCCUGUCUCAGGACCCAGUGAGGCCCAGACAGCCACAGGUGCGACAGCAGCAGAGGCUCCUCCAGAUGCAGCAGCCUCAGCAGUCCUCGCAGCCCCAGGGUCAGACCCUCGGUCUCCAAACCAUGCAGCCCCAGCAGCCUCUGUUUCCCAGGCAAGGCUUGCAGCAGACCCAGCAACAGCAGCAGACGGCCGCUCUGGUGCGGCAGCUCCAGAAGCAGCUUUCCAGUAACCAGCCACAGCAAGGAGUGACGCCCUACGGGCAUCCUUCACACUUCUGAGUCUGGAAGAGGACAAAGACAUGAAGUUUUUUGUUUGCACUGAAAAAUAGAAAAUCACAUUUAAUGCAUUAGUCACCUUUAGAAAUGUCCCUUUGUUCUUUCAUUUCUUUGGCGUUUUCCUAUAUUUUACGCGACAUUUCAUACAAAGGCGUUUAAACAAAAUGUAAAGGAAAAGGUGUGGUUUGGGUUUGUUUCAUUCAAUUAGAAAGUAGGUUUAAAAAUGUGGAUCAUGUGGGCCUACGCCAGGAAGAGUUUGGUAGCAGACCUUUUGAAAUUGGUGCUUUUAUUGAAUCUCGUAGUUAUAGAAAGAAUGGAUUAUGGUGGAUUUUAAAUAUUUAUGUACUCAUUAAUGAUGAAGUUUGGUUUUUGGGGUUUUUUUUUUGUUUUGGGUUUUUUUUUUGCACACUGUGCCGGACCAAACUACUGAUUUGAAAGGCAUGUCAGAUCUUGACAGGAAAGCGACCCAUUUAUUCUGCAUUCACCUUUGGUGGCAAAAUGGACAUUUAUUUGCAUCGCUCUAAUUUGAAAUGUUUGUAAUUUCUUAAGCACUUUAUGAACUUUGUUCUUAUUUAUGUAGGAUUUUUCUUUGCUUUUGUUGUGGUCAAAAGGUGCUGAAACAGAUUGUUGCUUAGUACUUAAACUUCUUAGACCAAGAACUUAAACCAAGGCUUCUGUGAGAGCCACCCUAAGGUACGUGGAAGCCUGUUAGAAGUAGCUGUACUACUAAAUUUGUUUUCAGUGGCAAGAUCAUUGACCAGAGUCUUUGUGAAGGUACAACAUGUAAAUUCUAAAGGCCGGAACGAACCACAGUGGAAUUGUUCCAAUUAUUUGCCAGACUUGGCAAAAAUGACUCUGUCCAGUUUUGGUUCUCCUGAACCUUAUGCCAACUUGAGAAAAAAAUCUCGCAGCUGGCCUGAGAUUCCACAGUGCUCAAACUUGACAUGGUUUCCAGAGAAUCUGGCCCCCAAGUCGAGGGGGGCUCUGGUUUUCCUAAGAGAUGUAUUUGCUGUUUAUUUUGUAUGGUAAGUAUUUGCUAUUUUGAAUUUAACUAUUAAUGUUGGUGUCUGUCUUGGUUGUGUAUUGCAUAUACUGUAUUUAUAAAUUGGUGCAAAAAGCACAAGUAAAGUAAAUUAUACAUCAAAUUUAUUAUAAAGAAAUAGUAACUAUUUUAACUUUGUUCAAGUAUGUGGUAAUUUGCUCCUAUUAGAGUGAAAAAUACAGUAAAUUAUUAUCAGUUUGUGUAACUUAAGAGUAUUCCAUAUAAUAUUUUUUUAGAUUUAGAUGCAUAAAAUUUUGAAUGUGAAAAUUGCAGGGCAUUUUAACACAUGUGGGGGAUAUUUUCCCAUGUUCUGUGUUAAUUCACUUUCUUUUGCCAUGUGAAUUUACAUGUAACGUAGUCGAGCAUACUGUGAAUAGAUUUGUCUAUAAUGAGCAAACCAUGUAGAACUACUUUUUUUAAAUGUAGCUGGUACAACUUUAGUAGAUCAUUUCCUUUGCAAAUCAUUAUAUAAAUAAUUUAUAUCUUCCCAGGUGAGUUACUCAUUGCAAAAUUUGACUCAUGCAAAUGACCUCAAAUACGUGUCCGCUUACUUUGCUGUGGCAGCAUCCAUGUGAACUGCUUUGUACACUGUGAAACGAUUUCGCUCCAGCCCGCUCAUUUCAUGUUUACUCUGGGCUGGAAAAGACUUUGCCAAAACAUUAAAGACCAUUCUUUUCACUAAAUUAACAUGUUCUAUCUGCUUUCAGAAGAUGAAUCUUGACAUUUCAGCUGGUUUUGUAUAUCAGGGUUUUUCUUUUGGUUUUUGGUUUUUUUCCCUCUUGAGAGUCAUACUUAGAGCUCAUGAAGUUAUUUUUUCUUCAAAGUAAUCUGUCAUAUAAUGACUGCCUUGGCAAAACAACUGAAAUGUGAAUGUCGUGCCUAGUGAGUACCAGUCAUGUUCUGUCCUGAUUGUUGUUUUACUUCUUCUCAAGAAUUACUGGUGUUUAAAAUGCCACUUUUCAGUUUGAACCAUAUAUAUUUGUAGCUCAGUAUUGCAAACAGAAGUAAGACUGUUUCAAGAAUGAGUGUUAUAAUUGCAUAGCAUUUGUAUGCACUUUAUAUUUUGCAGAAGUUAGUGAAAUUAAUUUAUUAAUCAUUUUGCACUUGAAAGCUGUGGGACAUAGCUUUUUGUUGCUGUCGUCUCCUUUUUUUUUCCGGUGGGAAAGCUAAGAUAUGGUAAGGCCCUAUAAUUCGACGAUUCUACAGAGAGUUGAGGAAAAACCUAGAACUGGUUUUCCCCUGUGUCCUAUACAGAGAGAAACUGGAAUUUUCAAUCUAUUCUUAUCAUAUUUCCUCCCAUUUAAUCCUCUCUCCUGAGAGUUUUCUUUUUCUUUUUUAGAAUAUGCAUUGAUUUGUCUUGAAAUGAUCACAAAGGAAAGCCCUGUCCUUCGGCAGAACCUGGUAAUUUGCUUGGUGAGACAAAGAGGAAAUUAUCUUAGGAUAAGAUGGAGACCCCAGUUCCCCUUAAAGACUUUGAAAUAGAAUGGAGUUGGACAUAAGAAGCCCUUAGAUAUGCCUGUUUACAUAGUAGGCUUCUUCCUAGUAGGGUUACAUUUGUCCUCUUUUUUUUAAUUCCUCUUGGUCCGGAAGUAGAAUGAGAUCACUGUUAGAACGAGUAGCCCUUGACCGCUUAUGGCCACAGGAUACCAACAUCAAAGAACGUAGGAAUCAGGUCACCUCUUUAGGUGGGGCAAGCUGAAAGUUGGUGUGAUGAAAACAAAAUGAAGUGAGUCCCCCCCCACCCCCAUCUCAACUGAUUGACAGGGAAAAAUGUAAUUCUCGGUUUUGUGUGCUGAGCUAUCUGAGCAAGACCUAUGGCAUUUUCUUCUUUUUCAUUUAUUAAGUCUCCUAUAAGUCUUCUUAAAUAAUAAGCAAGUAUUUGAAUAGAUGCUGGAGAAAUUACACUGGAAAAUCCUAGCCUCUAGAGUUAGAAAAGCUGAAUCAUAUUGUCCCUUAAAUUAAUUCAGGUUGAAUUAAGCAUGUAAUAUAAAUAAAUUCAGUGAAUUACAAAAAGCAACAUUUUGUAUAGGGUUGAUCAAAUUUUAACUACAGUGAAACUCCAUUAUAUGUAUUCGGUCUAGAUUUUCCCAAACAUUUCCCUGUCACAAAGGAUUAUUACCUUAUAGAAUAGACGCUCAUAGAGCAAUGAUUCCUCCUAAGAAAAUUUUUCCUUAUAAACAAACAGUUCCAAACCAGGGGUGCCUGAGCUAGAUUUUGAAGUUAUAAAGAAGUUUGUGUAUUUUAAAAACUUUUUAAUGGUUUUAUUUGGGAUAGAUGUAAUCAACCCCCUUUUCACGUUUUAUGAUGUGCAGGUGUUAAGUUGCUUUCUUACAAGUGGAAAUUCAGCCUGCAUUUAUUUUUAAAUGCAGUUAUUAAAACUUUUUUUUCUAUUCCCCAUCAGUGAAAAUUUUCAGUGCACAAAAUGGUGAAUCAUAAAACAGUUCAGCGCUUAUUUUCUGUGGGUUUUAGUAAAAUAUUUAUAAACUGACCACAGUAUUUAUACAUCAGGAUGGCAAAUUUACAUCGACCGCAAAUUUAAUCAUCUUUUCCAUUGUGUCUGUCCUCAGUGCCAUGCUUGUAACAUUGAUUAAUAGAAGGUGGACACUAGGCAAAUGGUAAUGAAAGGAAAAAAGUCCAUUCUUUAAUGAAGAAUUCGGGUACAUUAUCCACUUGUUAUUUUAUGGUCGAUCGUUUUCUCUUAAUGUUCAUUGUUAUUUGUUGGCAAAAUAAAAGUGCCUUAAGUUAAAAGUUUGUUUUGAGAUCCAUUAUAAAAAAAAUCAGUAUCAGUUCAUAAUGCAUUUAUUUACAAGUCCUUUUUUUUGCAUGUCUAUUAUAAAUUUAAUAUUGUAAGUGUAUUCAAAUUCAUUUACAUGCCUAUGGCUGCCUUUGAUUAAACUUCUUCCAAA